AGUGACUACGAGAACGUGGACGUGCAGCAAAAACAACAACAGCAACUGCAACCUCCUCCCCAGCCCUCGCACAGCCGCACCCGCUCCAGCUCCGCCACCUUCACCCACACCCACGCCCACGACAGCUCAGACUCGGACUACGACACCCCGAGGCCCGUACAGCCCGCCCACGCCCAUUCCAACCGGAUGUACAGCACGAUAUCCUUCAAGCCGGUCAAGAGUCGCCGCACCUCCAAGCUGAAGGAGGCGGGACACGUCUACGAGAACACAAUCCACCGCUACGAGAACCUCACCUCCACCGGCCGCUACCACACGCUGCGGGAGAGGGACCACCACCAUCACCAAAGGGACCACCGCGAGCAGGACCUCAGAGACCGCGAGCACAGAGGAGGUGGUGGUGGUGGUGGGGGUGGAGGUAGUGGUGGUGGGGGUAGUGGUGGAGGAGGGGAGCAGCAGCAGUCACAGCAGCAGCCAAGGGAUGCCAAGGAUGGACGGGACGGAAGGCAUCACCAGCAGCAGCAGCAACACCCGCCUCAGUCCUCCACCGCGGCCGCCUCCUCGCACCACCCCCACCACCACCACCACCACCUCCUCCACCACAACGACAACAUCCACAAUCAGGACAACGCGCGGGACCAUCACCACCACCACCACGCCCACCAACACGCCAACCACCACCGCAACGAGACCACCGCCUCGCUUCGGGACCGUAACGAGAACGUGCACAGGAUCGGCCUCUCACUGCCCCGCCGCCCCCGCGCCGCCACCGCCUUCUGCAGGAGCACCGUGGGCCGCGGCGACUCCUCCGAGGACUCUGACGGGGAGCACCGGCCGAGGUCCCUGGAGUUGCGGGAGGCCAGGGCCAAGGUAAGGCCGCAGCCCCUGAGUCCCACCCACUACCAGCAGCCGCCCACGCCCGACCACCCGCCGCCCUCCGCCCGACAGGCUCAGAUCUCCAUCCACGCAAAGAUGCACGCCGUCACCCGUCCGCCCCAGGAGAAGCGGCCGUCGCGGGACAUCGAGACCGAGACCGAGCCUGAGGAGGUGUUGGCGCUAGAGGCAGGCGGGUCUUCGUGCUCCCUGUCCUCGGUCUCGGCCUCCCUCUCCGACCGCAGCGUCUCCACCGACCACAUCGAGGAGGUGAAGAGCGACAUCCCCUUCGCUGGUCUGUUCCGAGGCAGCGUCACGCCCAUGGAGGGACCCGAAGUGGUGGCCGCGCUCGAACGCCCCCGCUCCCUCACCUCCGCCGCAGGCCUCAGACCCGGCCUGGACAGAGGAUGCCGCAACAGCCUCCCGUCGGGGACUGGGAGGGAGCAAGGCGGAAGCGGCGGCAGCAGCGGCUCGGGGGGCGUUGGCCUCCUGUCGCCGCUGGAGGAGGCUGAGGAAUGGGCGCGGAUCAACGACAUCAUGGCCAGCUUCGGCGGCGGCCUGGCGCGGGAGAGUGUCUUCAUGGCGGAGCUAGAGCACGAGUUCCAGACCAGAUUAGGCCUGUCACUCUCACCGUCGCAGCAGGGCCUCGGCCUGCUCUCCGGCGGCGAGGGCAGCGGCGUGAGCUUGGGCGUGCUGGAGAGUGGCGACAAGACGGUGGGCGGGUGGCUGCGGGCGCUGGGGCUGCCGCAGUACGAGGACGUGUUCGCGGCGCAGGGCUACGACGACACGGACUUCAUGAACGGCGGCAUCUUGGAGUCGAGUGACCUGCGUGAGCUCGGCAUCACCCAGGCCAGUCACGUGCAGGCCCUGGGGGAGGCCGUGUCCCAGCUGCCCACCCCCUUCUCGGGCCCCCAGGCCUCCUACACCGUCCCCGACACGGUGGAGGCCUGGCUGGAUUCCAUCCGCCUGCCGCAGUACGCACAAAACUUCCACAAGAAUGGCUUCGGAGAUAUGGAGCGCGUGAAGAAGGUGUGGGAGAUCGAGCUGACCACCGUGCUGGAGAUAACGCGGCCGGGCCACCGGAAGAGGAUCCUCGCCUCGUUGGGGGAGCGGCCGCUGGAGCCCGAGCUGCCGCCCGCCCUCAACCCUCACGACCUCAGCCUGGAGCUCACCAAGCUGAACUCUGACAUCUCACAGCUCAAGGAGCAGCUGUUCAAUGACUUGCCCACCUCCACGUGCCGGGAGAGGCGGCCGCCGGAGACUGCCAGCAACACUAUCAGGCGCUCUGGCACCAAGAAGCGCAGUGCCCCUCAGCCCCCAGCUAAGGCACCCAGAGCUCAGCCCAGCCUAGACCUGCAGGGCAACGAACAACUGAGCCAUCUGGCCAUCAGGGACCCCUCCCAGCUGGUGGUGGGGGCCCCCAACACCCUCCUCACCACCUGGAGGCACCACCCCAACGACCUGGUCUCUAAUAGUGUUCAAUAUAUUGCACAGUAUUUGGGGUCAACUCAUGUCAAGGAGUUGAAAGGAACAGAAUCUACCAUGAAGUCUAUUCAGAAGCUGAAAAAGACAUCGUCUGAUGGAGCAAAGGUGCCAAAGAUUAUCCUCUCUGUGUCCUACAAAGGUGUCAAGUUCAUGGAUAGCAACACACAGACGCUGGUGUGUGAGCAUGAGAUCCGCAACAUCCACUGUGCCUGCCAGGACGCCGAGGACCUCUCACACUUCGCCUACAUCACCAAAGAUCUGGAGACUAAGGGACAUUAUUGCCAUGUGUUCAGAGUACAAACGAGGGAGUUAGCCACAGAGAUCAUUCUGACCCUGGGUGAGGCCUUUGAGGUGGCCUACCAGCUGGCUCUACGAGAACAGCCCUACGCCAACCAGUCAGACGAGCAGAAGCUGGCGCACGGGCACACCAGGUCCAAGUCAGAGCAUUACCGGGGCAGCCGCAGCCUCUCCAACGGGUCCUCCCACACCAGAUCACAUUCCACGGUGCCCCAGCAGAUGUCCAUCGGCGGUGUGUCCAGCAGCUCGGCAGAAAACCUCCUGUCAGACUCAGGCAACGGCUCAGAGAAAGAGUGUGGCUCCAGGAGAGACUCUGUCAGCUCAGUGCCAUCAAACCAGAGCCAGAUGAACGGGUCUUAGUAGUUCCCUGUGUAUAUGUUGCCGAUAAAAGAGACGUGCUUCAAGUGUUUGGGUGUUGCUCUGCCGCCUGGUGGUGGAGAUGGAAGCUGCUCACAGAGGUGCUCCUCACAGUCACAGGGUUGCCUCAUCACAGGGUUGUGGUAAAGAUGACUCAAGGAACACAGAAAGGGUUGAACAUGACAAAGUGAAUAUUAUGCUCUCCAUGAUCUCUAUGGAAGCUGUGGCAUUAUAGAGACAAUGUAUAUAAUCACAGUCUAUUUCCAUGAGAUUCAGUAUUAAUACAGACAUCCAGGAAACUGCUUCUUGCCCAAGAACUUCCAGAAUUCCAGUGUUAUCCCAUUUCUAUGUUUUAUCAUUUAUGGAGCUCAGCUAUCGAUGUUUGACUCGUAAGAUACCAGGAAAGAUACUUUUUAUGUGUGAAUGACUUUAUCUGUGUGUUAACAUGGAAAGAUCGGUCUGCAGUAUUUAAUACUGAUGAGUUACUCUUCUAAAUGUGCUAUAUAUGGCCAGUCUUCAGAGUUAACCCAAGAAAGGAUGAUAGAGAAAUGGCUGUCUUGCAAGGUCUCCAAGAGAACCCUUACAACCUGAGAUUGCAGCAGUAAGAUAUGUAAAAGCAGUAAAGUAUUGGUGACUUGUGUUAUGCCCUGUGGCUCUUGGCAGGAUUUUUUCACACUCACACAGUGCUAUUGAUUAUGUGCUGGCAGGUCAGCAGCACAUUGACUGACCCAAGAUAAAGUUCCAAAUUACUACUAUAUCAAAAUUUAUACAAAUCAUAAGUAGCAACUGCAAUUGGUCUCCAACAGUAGCCUAUGUACCUUGCCUUUAGCUAGCCUUGACCGGAGCAUCAGCAGUCUGGGAGCCUGGUGGGCCGGGGAGCAUUGCCGUGCGAGAACAACAUGAAGUGCUCUCUCAGGCCUGCAGAAGUUGUCUUUCACAGAGUGUCAAAUAUUUAUAUGUUCAUUGUUAAUUGGAAAUGGAAGACUGUUGGGGUGAGGGUGCGGAGAGCAUCUCUUUUUUUUUUUUUUUUUUUUUUUUUUUUUCCCAGUGGUGGUGAACGGGAGUGACUGUCAUGUUUUAUGUUCUGCACUAUUUAGUUCCUCAUUUUUUUUUUUUAUUAUGCCUUGUUAGUUCAGUAUAAAGACAUUUUUACAUAUACAUUUUAUCACAAAAUAAUUUUUACAUAAUGGAGUGUAUAUAAUCAUCAUUAUCUUAACUUAGUUACAUCUGGACUCGCUCCGUCACUUUAUUACCGCUCAGAAGGGACGUGGGCCGAGGCUUUCUUCGUUUACCUUCGCCAGCACCUACAAUGGCCUAUGCAGUGAGUCAGGCAACCUUUAGUGUGUCAUUGCCACAAGAUACAUUGCUUAGCCAUCGAUAUUUCUUCAUUUUUAUACUUGAAUUUCAUAUAAGCUACCAUUUUCCAUUACCCAUUUCCUCAGGUUCAGUUGUUAAUAUCAUGCUGAAUACUGUGUUGAGCUCAGUUACUGCAAAUAUAUUGUAUAUAUGUCUGUGUGCAUGGAAGUCUGGCUGUACGGUUCAAACUUGUGUUGACAGGUGACUGUGCCGCCCACCAGCGGCUGCCUCAUCUACGGUGACAGUUCACCAGUAGCAAGAAUAGCAUGGAAAUUGUAUUAGUUAUUAUAAUCCAUUUAUCUCUCAUUGUGAUGAUAGGCUUAUAAAGAGUAAAGUAUAGGUACAGCAUAAGGUCAUAUAAGUGAUAGUAGGGUAACAGGUGUUGUGUGAGUGAGCCAGGCAGGUCACAGCAGGACAUGGGUGUGGACGCCAAGCAAGCCCUUGGAGACAGUGCUCAGGCUGCAGGUGUGGGUGUAGCAACAAGCAUGGCCUCAGGCACAGUGCUCAGGCUCUGUCCUCGGACAGUGCUCAAACUGUAGGUGUGGCUGAUGCAGCCAAGCUGAGCUUCAGGCACAGUGCUCAGGCUCUGCCAUGGACACAGUGCUCCUGCUCUGCCCCUAGACAGUGUUCAGACACCAGUGUUCAGGCCCUGGUGUGGGUGCCACUGCCCGGGACACAGGGUCAGGCGGCUUUGCUUGAGUGCAUCUCCAGGUCAUUGACACGUCUGUGUCUGGUAGAUGUUUGCUAGUAUUGUAACAAUCUACACUAAGCUAUUGGUUCUCAUCAGUUUGGUGACAUUUCUCAGAUUAAGACUGUACAGAAAAAAAAUAUAUUAAAAAUCCAAACAAAUAUAUCUUUUUGGUAAAUAUAUGUAUAUACACAAAUUGUAAGUCAUGUUUUUGAAUUUUUUAAAUUCCUAAGUUUACCAAAAAUUCUGGGGUUAACUUGCAGUCAUUGGCACCCACUUCAUUCCAGCCUUCAUGUAAUGCUUCAAGAGUCUAUGGCAUGUUAGUGUAGCAGUUCCUGACCCUUCCAGUUUUGAAUACAUAUGAUGUUCAUGUUAAGGGGAUCACUUUUAUGCUAGUCACUUGUAUCGACCGAACCCAGUGAGCCGACCGCAGGGCAGGGGCUGGGGCCACCGCCACACCCAGGGGCUCACUGGGCCGGGCCAUAGCGUCGGCGGCAAGAACGUUCGUCAUAUUUUGUAAACAUUUUGUACAUGGAGCCACUUUUAAGGGAUUUUUUAAGUGCUGUCACCCAUGUAGAGUUUUCCCUGGGCCUUGAUGGACCUAAUUCAUCAUGGAGUGUGCAAUUCAUGUUGAAAUAAGAUUAUAUGAUAAUACUUUAAAGUUACCCAAAGCUAUUUUAUAACAAUUAUUCUAUAAGGUUUAAAGUCAGGAAUAUCUUGAAGCCAUAUUGUAAAUUUUUACUAAUAUUAUUCCUAUUAGGAGACAUUUUGAAGAUAUUUAAAUUGUAUACAUUUUAAUUACAGUAUGUAUCAAAGUGGACUACUUAAGUGCACAAGCUACUGAUGUGUACUGUGGGCAUUUGCUAGUCAUGAGAUAGUGUCCUCUCAUCUGUGUGUGUUGAUAUCACUGUUGUGUUGUAGUGGAAUGGACACGGCUGUUAAUACUGUGUGCGUGCGUGUGGGGGUUCCUGGUGCACCUCUCGCCUGCCUGCCUCCCAACCCACCCCUGAGAAUAGCCUUUGAUACUCAGUGUUCUUUGUGUGUUCACACCCACCCGCGGCAGACCGGAAUGAAUGUUUGGCCCAGCAAGUCAGUGGCGGACCCGGUGCUGGCUGGGGGGAACCAAAUCACUCCCUGUUCACACCGGCCUGGCCACCACCACCAGGGGGGGGCGGGUAUGUGAAGCUGCCUCUGCCCCCCUUUCAUUGUAUUUCUUAGAAGUGGCCAUUGGUUCUCAUAACCUGUCCCUUUCUUUUAUGCAAUACUCAUAUUCUUACAUAAAGGUUGAUGUAUAAGAAAAAAAAGUGUAUAAGCAUGAUUCCUUUCCAGCAGCUUCACGGUAUGUGGCCACCAUGUUCCGAUAGGUGUGUGUUAAUCAGUGCAUAUGAUUAUACAUGUAUUGCAUAAAAUGUCCUGAUGAAGAGUUCUCGUUUCGUGUUCUCUCAGUCGCCAGGGUCAGUGUCGAAUGUUUUGCCGACCUAAUUAUGUUAUCGCAUACGUAUAUAUUUUCUCAUUGUAUUAGUUGUCAACAUUCCUCUUGCGUUGGCUGCCCCACCACUUCAGUAUACUGUAGUGCGUAGACGGUUGUGAACUGUAAAACCCUCCCUACUUUUCCUCCCUCCCUUUCUGUCUCCCUUGCCUCUGUGUCCCUUCCUCCCUACCCUCUCUCCCCUUCACUGCCUUUGCUCUAUUAACCAACCUUCUCCACCCCUCUCUAGAUUCCCUUUUCUCUCCCCACCCAUCUCUCCCUCCCUCCCUCUCUUCCCUCUCUCCCCUUCACUGCCUUUGCUCUAUUAACCAACCUUCUUCACCCCUCUCUAGUUUCCCUUUUCUCUCCCCACCCAUCUCUCCCUCUCCCUCCCUCCCUCCCUCCUGCAGGCAUGUACACGCGUCGGAGGUUCAGUGUUGCUGGUUGCAUGAUGUGUUGUCGAGACAUAUUUUUCACGGCUUGUUUUUUCGUAUUUUGCACUGUUCCUUCCAUCGGUUGUCCGUGUCGUGUCUGAUGAUGAUGAUGAUGCAAGCAGUCCACGCAAGUCAGCUUUCUCUCUCUCUCUCUCUCUCUCUCUCUCUCUCUCUCUCUCUCUCUCUCUCUCUCUCUCUCUCUCUGACUUGUAGAAAUGAGAUAAUCCUACAGAAACGUCAACAUUGUAUUUCGUCUCUCCACAAUCAGCAUCGUUGCCAACCACUGGGGGAAUUUGGACUUACUUCUAAUCAUUAAUUCAUCCGCCUUUUGGUCUCUCGAGGGUCUUGCUGUGUCGAAACAAACCAAAAUCAAGAAAUAUUCAACGCUAUCCAGAUUUCAAAUAGUCUAGUGGGUUUAUACUAAGAAUCUCAAGCUUCGUGUUUAUAUCCACCAUCAGUAAUAAUCUAUCGCUUUACCAGCUUGAAGGUAAUACUGUAAGAGACGGAGAUUGUGAAUUACUGUACUACCUGUUCUCUAACCACUCAGUGAUCUCCAGCGGUCACCCAGAAUUGUAUAUGAGUUUGUGUUAUGUUAAAUGGACACAAAGAGUUCAAAUGUUAUUAUGAACACAAUAAAUCUUUAAUGAA